AUGUCUGUGGAAGGUGCCAUGAUCCCCAGCCCUCACUUCCCCGUCACCAACAAGACGUGGCCUACCGACUGGCACUGGGCGAACAUCAGCUCAUAUCCUGGCGUUCUCCAGCAGUGGCAGGCGAAUCCCAUUGUCCCCGGUGGCGGAUACUAUCUCAAACUCACUUCGGAUAUAACUACAGGCAACGCGACUACGUACGCUGUAUCUGAGCUGUUCGAGUUCCGUGAGACCAAGAAGACGGACCCCAGUAUCCCUGGCGGCCCAUACGGUCCGCUACACAACACUGCAGGCCGUACCCUGCCGUCCCUCGGCCUGGUCGCCACCGCAUGUGCCAUCGGAGUGUGGUCCCUUGUGUAG